AUGACUACAAACCCAAUAAACAAACGAAUAUAUAUACCUAAAUUUUAUGCGGAUGCCAAUAUUCAUAAACCUAAAGAAUAUUAUGACUAUGACAAUUUAGAACUACAAUGGAAUAAACCUAACAGAUAUGAAAUUUUAAAAAAAGUUGGACGAGGAAAAUAUAGUGAAGUGUUUAAUGGAUAUGAUACUGAAUAUAAUAGACUAUGUGCAAUUAAAGUAUUAAAACCUGUAAAAAAAAAAAAAAUAAAAAGAGAAAUAAAAAUAUUACAAAAUUUACAUGGUGGACCAAAUAUUAUAAAACUAUUAGAUAUUGUAAAAGACCCAGUAACAAAAACCCCAUCUUUAAUUUUUGAAUAUAUCAAUAAUAUAGAUUUUAAAACAUUAUAUCCUAAAUUUACAGAUAAAGAUAUACGUUAUUAUAUAUACCAAAUUCUUAAGGCUCUUGAUUAUUGUCAUAGUCAAGGUAUAAUGCAUAGAGAUGUUAAACCUCACAAUAUUAUGAUUGAUCAUGAAAAUAAACAAAUUAGAUUAAUAGAUUGGGGACUUGCUGAAUUUUAUCAUCCAGGACAAGAAUAUAAUGUUAGAGUAGCUAGUAGAUAUUAUAAAGGACCAGAACUUUUAAUAGAUUUACAAUUAUAUGAUUAUUCUUUAGAUAUAUGGAGUCUUGGUUGUAUGUUAGCUGGUAUGAUUUUUAAAAAAGAACCAUUUUUUUGUGGACACGAUAAUUAUGACCAAUUAGUUAAAAUAGCUAAAGUUUUAGGUACAGAAGAUUUACAUGCAUAUUUAAAAAAAUACAAUAUUAAAUUAAAACCACAUUAUUUAAAUAUAUUAGGAGAAUAUGAAAGAAAACCAUGGUCUCACUUUUUAAAUCAAUCAAACAUGGAUAUAGCCAAAGAUGAAGUUAUCGAUCUUAUAGAUAAAAUGCUUAUUUAUGAUCAUGCAAAAAGAAUAGCUCCUAAAGAAGCUAUGGAACAUCCAUAUUUUAAGGAUGUACGUGAAGAAUCAUAA